AUGCGACGGUACUUGCUCGACAAGCCGGGCGGGGGAGCUGCUGUGAGCGACACCGGCGAGAGCUGGCGUGAGACCAAGGUUGGGGCUUAUGUUAGCCAGGUGCUCUUUGCCAAUCACCCGCCGGAGGCCAUGGGCUUGCGGAAUGCCCGUGAGAUUGUCACAUUAUCCACCUCCCUGGAUUUACUCCUUUCCGGCCAAUUUGCAAGGUUGGGCGAUGUCCUCAUGCAAAGAUUGAAAGCCGUGGAGUCAUCACUGACAGAUGGUUGGGGCGUGGCGAAGCACUACGAGUUGAUUCCGCCGUCCAAGCCAGCAAUCACCACCGACAAGGAGCGCGAUUUCGCCGCAAAGAAUCCUUUGACCGAGCCGGCAAGUGUGAAAGUUUCAACUCGGGACGUGCCCGGUGGCCCGUCUUUCCCUCCCAAACCUCCUGGUGUGGGGGAGGGCCGUCCUCCAGAGAAGGCGACCGCAUUAGAGGUCGAAGUUUGGAGGCGGAAGCCGCCGUUGCAGCGGAGAGCCGCAAAUGCAAAGCAGCACCAGCGCUUCCUGAAGCAGGGGUGGGCGCGGCGUGUGCGCCCGCCACCUCCAGCAGAGGAGUCCCAUCGUGGAGGAGAUCGCCGCUCAGAAGAGCAUGCCAAAGGAUCAAAAGGCAAAGUUGCAGCGGCUGUGUCCAGCAUGGAAAUGGCACUGGAACACCUUGCAGAGAAAAGUUCACGGUUUGUUCAGACUACAAAUGAGUCAGGAGAGGUCGUGGAGAAGGCUCAGUGGUUGACUUUAGAACAGAUAUUGCCAGGUUUGCCUCCAGAAGGAAAGUCAGCUUGCAUUGAGUUGUCAGACCUGUGCAGUGGUGAUGUUCGAAAAUGUCUGGAUGAUCCUUCGCUUGUCCUAAAGCAACAGGAUUUUUCUGAUGACUUGCCGAAAGCUAAGGUGCUGUGCACCCACACUGAGUGGGCGAAGAUCGCAAAGGAGCUGGUGCGGAAAGGCCUGGCACGGCCGUUGAAGAGGGAGGAAGUGCAUCACAUCAAGGGAAAGCCAUUGUUGAAUGGUGCCUUUGGUGUAAGCAAGACUGGCAAGUUCUGUCCGGAUGGAAGGCCCGUCCUCAGAUUUAUCAUGGAUUUGCGCCCAUCAAACCACAUUCAAGCACCCAUUGUAGGCGAUAUCAGCACCCUGAGUGGGCCCGGAAAGUGGGUGAAUUUGGUGCUCCCAAAAGGACAAGUUCUGCGCAUUAGUGGGGAUGAUCUCACUGCGGCUUUUUACUUGUUUCGGUUACCGUCAAGCUGGCAUUCCCUGUUUGCCUUUGAGAAAACGCUGAGGCAUUGUGAUCUCUUCGAAGAUUCUGAAGACCAGUCCGACGUUUAUCUGGCGGCCACAGUCAUGCCAAUGGGAUGGCUUUCUGCAGUGGGGAUUUUGCAGCACGCUCAUAGAAGACUAGCCACCCUGGUAGAUGGUCAAGGUUUGCCUUUGUUGGCAGAAAUCCGCCGUGAUGCUCCUCUCCCGAAAGUAAGUAUUGAUGCGUUCCAAGAGCUUUGGCAUUUGUAUUUGGAUGAUUCGACGUUCUUGGAGUGGGUGGACGAAGAGUCUACUCAGCAGGAAAAGACACAUGAUACCCACUCACCAUUCCAGCAGAUUUUGCAACGGAUAUAUGGUAGCUGGGGAAUACCUUGGUCUGACAACAAAAGUGUCAGGCGCCAACAGCUCGCGACACGCCUGGGCGUGGAGCUGGACGGCGACCGAGGACUUUUGGGAGUGCAUCUUGAGAAGCGGCUUGAAGUUUUUGAGCUAGCCUUCUUUUUGCUGAGCCAGGAACAGCUUACACGCAAGAGUGUUCAAAUCUUUCUCGGCAAAUUGGUGCACAUCAUGCAGUUUCGGCGACCGGCUUUCUCUUUUGUGCAGUUUUUAUGGCGAAGGAUAAUAGGGCCUCCAGUCGCGGGUCCGCUUUCGCCAUUGGAGCGACGUGAAGUGUUUGCAGUGCUCGGAGCUUUGCCCCUCCUAGAAACCAACCUUCGAGCCAAACUCAGCCACAAGGUUACUGCUAGUGAUGCUUCGGAGACGGGAGGGGGCGUGUGCGAAGGUGAAAAGAUGACUGCUGUUGGGCACUAUGUCGUGGCGUUGGAGACCUUGCAGGCCGCUUCGGUGCCGCACUGUCUCAGCAGCAGCAAAGGCAUUUUACUGUUUGACUGGUUCGGAAACAUUGGAGGUGUCCGGCAGGCCUUAGAUUUGUUGCAUGUGCCCGUAGUCAAAGUAGUGCUGUGUGAGUCUGACAGCCACAGUGCAGCGGUUUAUCGCAAACGCUGGGGCAUUGAUAUGCUCUGGAAGAAGCUGGAAGACGUUACCAUGGAACAUGUCCGUCAAAUCUUGCGAGAAUUGCCUCAAACAUCUUUCGUGGUACAAGCGGCCAGUGUCCAGCAUUUUGGUUUGCUUGAAGUUCCUGCAACAACGAGUGUCGACACCGCACUGUUUGUAGGUGCGGAGAUUCAGUAUGACACGCUGGCCGAGACAGAAGCGAAAGUACGCCGUGCUCUUGAAGAGAAAGAAGUCGUGCUGGAAGUCCAGGACCACAGGUCCCUCGAAGCGUUGCAUUCACAAGCCUCUUUGCCGCAUUUGUUUUUGCGCAGAGCUGAGUAUAGAGGUUCAGAUGUGCGGCUUGAUACCGGGAUGCUUCUGCGACCGGAAAGGGCUCCACGCAUUACUGUCAACCCUCACCUCUGGGUUUGGAGCUCCAAACUCGCUUGGAGAUGGCAGCACCAUGCUCACAUAAAUUUGCUAGAAAUGCGGGCAUGUCUUCGGUCUUUCAUGUGGCGCUCCAGGUCAAAGCGCUUUCACAAAGCUCGCGUAAUGCACUUGCUUGAUUCUCAAGUGUGCUUGGCAGUUCUGUGCAAAGGCCGUUCCAGUUCCGUGCAGCUAAAUGCAUUGUUGCGACGAUUUGCAGCACUUGUGAUCGCAUGUGACGUUUUGCCGCUGUUUGCCUACAUCAAGAGUGAGUUUAACCCGGCAGAUAGGCCUUCUCGUCAUGCCAGCACGAGCAUGCACAGUCACGGGAGCCGACAAGUCCAGACGCAAGCAUCUUCGUAG